ACAAAUAUGACUGUGGAGAUGACACAUUGACGCUGACAUGGACCACAGCACUGUAUGUUAUUUGGCUCAUGCCGUUUGAAUUACCAUUAAGGGACGCAUCUGAGUGGAAGAGACCGCCCCAGUAUCCGCUGCUGCAUCCAACUCGCUUUCACACUUGGGUUCAUUCACACACACUUUUCCCACCGGGAUGGAGCCGCUUCAGCCAGCGCGCAGAGCCAACGGGGAGCACGCACGCUUCCACACGUCGGCACACAUGGCUGCAAAUUUAUGGCGAACAUUUUGCACGUUUAUCUGGAUAAUAACACUAGUUUCAAGUUCGAGGACGAGGAUUUAUCCACCAAACGAAGUGACCCUGCUGGAUACCAGGACAGUGCCAGGAGAGCUGAAAUGGGCAGCCAGUCCUUCAGAGGGAGGGUGGGAGGAGGUGAGUAUUAUGGAUGAGAAGAACAUCCCCAUCAGAACGUACCAGGUGUGUAACGUCCUAGAACCCAGUCAAAACAACUGGCUGAGGACAGACUGGAUUCCUCGGUCCGGCGCUCAGCGGGUCUAUGUCGAAGUCAAGUUCACACUGAGAGACUGUAACAGCCUACCAGGGGUCACCGGCACCUGCAAGGAGACAUUCAAUCUGUACUACCACGAAUCAAACGAAGACAGGGAGAGUUACAUCAAAGAGAGCAGCUUCAUUAAGGUGGACACUGUGGCAGCAGACGAGAGCUUCACCCAGGUGGACGUUGGAGACCGCAUCAUGAAACUGAACACUGAGGUGCGAGACGUAAAGGUCACGACCCGCAAAGGCUUCUACUUGGCCUUUCAGGAUGUUGGCGCGUGCAUCGCGCUAGUUUCCGUCAGGGUGUUCUACAAAACCUGCCCGCUCACCAUCCGUAACCUGGCAACUUUUCCCGACACCGUUACCGGAGCUGAUACGUCCUCCUUAGUGGAGGUCAGGGGGUCUUGUGUCAACCAAUCAGAAGAGAGAGAGGAGCCUAAAAUGUACUGCGGUGCGGAUGGAGAGUGGUUAGUUCCCAUUGGUGGAUGUCUCUGCAACCCAGGAAAUGAAGAUAAGGGCGGAGCAUGUAAAGCCUGUUCUGUUGGUUUCUACAAAGCCCGGUCGUCAGAUGCAGGAUGCUCCAAGUGCCCCCCACAUAGCCACUCACUCAGAGACGGAGGAACUGUCUGUGACUGCCACUCUGGAUUCUUCCGCGCCGACAGCGACCCUCCCUCUAUGGCCUGUACCCAGCCACCCUCAGCGCCGCAACAGCUCAUCUCAGUUGUGAAUGAGACCUCGGUGGUCUUGGAGUGGGCCCCUCCUCGCCGCCUGGGAGGCCGAAGUGACACCAGCUACAGCCUGGAGUGUCUCAUCUGUCAAACAGGCAGCCACAGUCAUACUGGCGGCAAAGCCCUCCCCAGGAAUCGCAGCGUCACCCAGCCUGAAGCUCAGCACAGUGGCUUGGGCAUGCAGUCAGACCAGGGGAUUGUAGGAUCUGAGGUCCAUACAGGGAGAGGUGUCUUCCAGAGCAGACCAGUACCUGAAGAUGACCCGAGACUUGGCUCUGGCUCCGGCUCCCAGCUCUGCCUGCCCUGUGGCUCCGAUGUGCUCUUCUCUCCCGGCCAGACCGGCCUGAAGACCACAAGGGUGGUGGUGAGCGAGCUGAGGGCCCACACGCACUACACCUUCAUUGUCCACUCACGCAAUGGGGUCUCCCAGUCCAGCGGUGCAGGGGCAGCGCAGAGUGUGUCCGUCACCGUUACAACCAACCAAGCUGCUCCCUCUCCGGUGUCGUCCAUCCAGGCCACCGAUGUCACCAGGCACAGUUUGUCGUUGUCCUGGCAACAGCCGGAUCGACCCAACGGGGUCAUCCUUGAAUACGAGGUCAAGUUCUAUGAAAAGGAUCAGAAAGAGAGGUCCUACCGCAUAAUGAGGACCUUUUCUCGCAGCGUGGAUGUCACAGGUCUCAACCCCCUCACUGUGUACGUGUUUCAUGUGCGCGCUCGCACAGCUGCUGGAUAUGGAGAGUUCAGUGCUCCAUUUGAAUUCUCCACCAACUCAGAUCCCUUCCCCCUGAUUGGUGAAGGCGUUAACUCAGCCUUCCUGCUGCUGUCUGUCAGCGGGGUUGGAAUUUUACUGCUGAUAUCUGCAGCUGUCUUCAUCAUUAGCCGCAGGAGGAGCAAGUACAGUAAAACAAAGCAGGACUCAGAGGAGGAGAAACAUCUUAACCCAGGGGUCAAAAUCUACGUGGACCCGUUCACCUAUGAAGACCCUGAUCAGGCUAUCCACGAGUUUGCCAAGGAGAUUGAUGUUAGCAGUAUUCACAUUGAGAGAGUUAUUGGCAUGGGAGAGUUUGGGGAGGUGUGCAGUGGUCGGCUGCGUGUGCAGGGAAAGAGGGAGAUCUACGUGGCCAUCAAGAGUCUGAAGGCGGGAUACUCAGACAAACAGAGGAGGGACUUCCUGUCUGAGGCCUCCAUCAUGGGACAGUUUGACCAUCCGAACAUCAUCAGGCUGGAGGGUGUCGUCACGAGAUGCAAGCCGCUGAUGAUCAUCACAGAAUACAUGGAAAAUGGAUCCCUGGAUGCUUUUCUUCGUAAACACGACGGCCAGUUCACGGUGAUCCAGCUGGUCGGCAUGCUGCGUGGCAUCGCCUCAGGUAUGAAGUACCUGUCAGACAUGAGCUACGUUCACAGAGACCUGGCAGCGCGGAACAUCCUGGUCAACAGCAACCUGGUGUGUAAGGUGUCGGACUUUGGCCUGAGUCGGGUUCUGGAGGACGACCCAGAGGCUGCCUACACUACAAGGGAGGCCACUGGGACUUACCUUUCUCCUGGAGGGAAGAUCCCCAUCAGAUGGACGGCCCCAGAGGCCAUAGCCUACAGGAAGUUCACCACAGCCAGUGAUGUGUGGAGUUACGGCAUCGUUAUGUGGGAGGUGGUUUCAUACGGAGAGAGACCCUACUGGGACAUGAACAACCAGGAUGUGAUUAAAGCGAUAGAAGAGGGCUACCGCCUGCCUGCUCCGAUGGACUGUCCCGUGGUUUUGCACCAGCUCAUGUUGGAUUGUUGGGAGAGGGAGCGAGCGGAGAGACCCACCUUCAGCCAGAUACUCAACAUGCUGGAUAAACUAAUCCGUAACCCUGGGACCCUGCGCCGGACAGGAGGGGACAGACCCACACCCACCAUGCUGGAGUCAGGGGUGGGUUCAGAGGUGUGUGUGUCAGUCGUACCAGAGGUGUGUGUGCCUGAGUGGUCGGUGUGCGAGUGGCUGCAGUCCAUCGGGUUGGAGAGGUACAGAGACACUCUGGCGGCAGCAGGAUACACCAGCCUUGACAGCCUACUGGCUCUCACACACCAGGAGAUGGACAGACUCGGAGUAAUCACACCGUCACACCAGGACAUACUACUUGCCAGUGUGCAGCAAGAAAUGUUGUCUCAAAUGCAGCACAUGCAACACACAAUGGUUCCAGUCUGAACCUCAGAACGGAUACAAACCUGUUUCGAGAAGAAUUUCAUUUACCUCAUUCAUGCACUUUAAGAGGGACUUUUCACCAGACGAAAUACAAGGCGUGGAUUUAAGUGAAAAUACGAAGUGAGAAGAAGAGAAAGAGAGAAAAGCAGCACUUUUGUGAACUUCCAUCCUGUGGAGUUUUCUAAAAAAAAAGACUGAAAAAAAAAAAAAACAAUGAUCAGGACGUGGCCACAGAUAGCAUUAAGCUACUGAGAGCUUAGACUGAAGGCUCAUCCUCUCAGCCAUUUUUCAUUAUUUUAUUAUUGUUUUGUGAAGGCUGACAUGUGAUGCUGUGCAUAAGCAGAAUGGCUUCCAACUUUUUUUCUUUCGCUGCUUUGGGCUUGACUUGAAUAAAAUGUGUUUUAUGUUUGCUUGUAUGUCUUUGUGAGUGUGUGCAGGUAUGUGUGUUUGUGUGUGUGUGUGUGUGUGUGUGUGUGUGUGUGUGUGUGUUUGUGUGUGUGUGUGUGUGUGUGUGUGUGUGUGUGUGUGUGUGUGUCUGUGGUGCGUAGUUUGAAUCCACACAACGUGGAAACUCCCUUGUCAAGGCAUCAGCUAUCUUUGAAUAUUCUGAAUAUGCAAAGUUACCAGAGUGAGUGGGAAGAGCCGGACAGAAUGUACCAUUACAAUCUCUUACUAGUUUCAUACUGGAAGAUCAUACUAACUAACUAUGUGAUUUAUUUGUGUUUUUUUAUUCAUUUUCUUUUUCUUUGUUUUUUACUUGUAUGAAUUAUUGUUUCUGUUGAAUUAGACAUUUAGAUUAGUAUGUUGUCCAUCUGUGUCUGUGAAUAUGUCCCUUGUUUGAUGCUAAACAUUAGCUACAUGAAGCAUUUUGUUUAUUUAUGUUUGUUUUUUUUUUUAUCUAGUUUGUACAUUGUAAAAUAGAAACACUGAGGAGAUAUUGUAAUGAUUGCCAUAUUGCAUUGCAAUAAAUGCCAAAACCCAUCUAUUUAUGUAGGGUUUAAUCUUGUUUGAACAGAAUAUUUGCAUUGUAAUGUGUUUAAUGGACACUAUAUAUUAUAAUUAGAGUGUCAAGUGGAGCCUGGAGCGCUUUAUGUUUAUCAUUUCUGAGUUUGGCAGAAGAAAUUGUCCUCUGUGAAAGUUGAGACUUAGUCAGAGGUGUCUGUAACAACGAAAACAACUCCUGAAGAACACCCAGCUGAAAUGCUGCUGGUGUAAUCACACAGUGUUGGGUGUGUGUGUGUGUGUGUGUGUAUGUGUGUGUGUGUGUUUGUGUGUGGAAGAGAGGACAGACACAGAGAGAAGAAAGUAAAAGAAAAAAGCUAUAGGGAAAAAGAGAGCUUGAAUUAAAAGGAGAGAAAAUUAAGAGUGGGCUGUCACUGUGAGCGUCUGUGUGGCAUCAUGUUUUUGUCAGAUAAAUUGGGCUGAGUUUGCAGCGCAAACUUGUCGAAUCAGCAAACAUCUGUCUCCCACUACACUACCACAUUUACACUUUCAUUCACACACACACACACACACACUAGGGAGUUGAUUGGAGGAAGCCUUUGAUACAUAAAGGAAGAGAAGAUGUGAUCUGAUUUUCUGGCAAAAAUGUCAAUGUUUUUCUAGCCUAAUGAGAGAUGCCUGCAUACACACAAGUGAAUGCACAAACACACACACACACACACACACACACACACUCACAUACCACCCCCCUGCCUCACUCCAAAUACAUCCAAAUCACACACAGCAAACAAAAUGCUGAUGGUGGUUAAUGAGGCAGAUGCCUCUGAGUAAGAGACAGAGGGGGGUAAGAGAGACAGAGGGAGAGAGUUGGCUUGGCCCGGGGCAAUGAAACAGACAGCUUCUGUCAAAUAAUGAGACACUGACACCACAUUUAGCAGGUAACCUUUUGUGAUGAUGCAUCACACACUGAACUCUGAAUGACAUCUGUUCCUGUAGAAAAUAACUUUGGGCAAACAGUGGAUAAACUAAAUAUUGACUGUUUCAGACUUACCUGUGUGGUUUCUAGUCCUGCCAGCAGCAUGACGCUAUGGAUGAGAAUGUUGGUCAGUCCACCACUGCUGUCCAGACUGAAAUAUCUUAACAGCUAUUGGAUGAAUUGACAUUGGUCACAAGAGGAUGACUCCUACUGACUUUGGUGAUCCACUGACUUGGCAUGUAGCACCACCAUGGGGUAACGUGUUUUUAUUUUAUUGUAAUGUCUCAACAACAAUCGAAUGCGAUGAUAAGCAAUGCUAUAUAUAUGCCUUAUGCUAAUUAGCAAAUGUUAGCAUGCAAAACUAAGAUGAUGUAUAUUGUAAACACUGCUCUUGCUAAACAUGUUACCAUUGCCAUCGUGACAGUUAGCAUGACAAUGUCACUACUUCCUAUAGCCUCAAAGGGCCGCUAGUACGUAGACUCUUGAAAAGGUCCACAUAAAUACAAACAGACACAAAUACACACCCUGUAUUGUAUCAGAGGAGUGUUUACUGAAGCUAUGCCGUGUCAGGAUUCAAUAAAUGGAAAAGUGCUCCUCUC